CCUGGCGCGGAGGCCGAGUCCAGGGUCCAAGGCCCGGGCGGCGGCUUGGCCGGGCAGCCGGGUCUGCGGCUGCCGCUUCCCCUGGCGCCAUGGCCGCUGAAGUGGUGGUUGUAGGAUCCUGUAUGACCGACCUGGUCAGACUUUCUAUCUCUGAAUAUGAUCUAGUAACUGCUUAGAUGGGAACUUUUUCAAGAAAACCCAGAAUACCAGGGAAAGGGACAUUAAUGAUUCACCUUACUACACGAUUGCCAAGAGCUGGUGAAACUAUCCUUGGACAUAAGUUUUUCAUUGGUUUUGGUGGGAAAGGAGCCAACCAAUGUGUCCAGUCUGCUCGACUUGGGGCCAAGACCUCGCUGAUCUGCAAGGUUGGGAAGGAUUCCUUUGGCAAUGAUUAUGUUGAAAAUUUGAAGAAGAAUGGUAUUUCUACAGCAUUUGUAGGUCAGACUACAGAUGCUGCUACUGGAACGGCUUCAAUAAUUGUCAACAGUGAAGGACAGAAUGUUAUUGUCAUAGUCCCAGGAGCCAACCUGCUUUUAAAUUCUGAAGACCUGAAGAGGGCUUCUGAUGUCAUCUGUAACGCCAAAGUGGUUGUUUGCCAGCUAGAAAUAACCCCUGCUGUUUCUCUUGAAGCUCUGAAAAUGGCACAUGCCAGUGGAGUAAAGACUUUAUUUAAUCCAGCUCCAGCCCUUGCUGACCUAGAUCCACAGUUUUAUACCUAUUCUGACAUCUUCUGCUGCAAUGAAACUGAGGCAGAAAUUCUAACGGGCAUCCCAGUUGGCAAUCUUGAAGAUGCUGAAAAGGUGGGACGCAUGCUGUUACAAAGAGGGUGUAAGCUCGUAAUUGUUACUCUUGGAGCAGAAGGCUGCAUGAUGAUAUCAGUAGAAGAACCCAUUCCAAAGCACGUUCCUGCUGGGAAGGUCAGGGCUGUGGACACUACGGGAGCUGGAGACAGUUUUAUGGGAGCACUGGCCUUCUACCUGGCUUACUAUCCCAAGUUACCCAUGGAGGAAAUGAUCAGGAAGUCGAACUGCGUUGCAUCAGUGAGCGUCCAGGCAUCAGGGACACAAUCUUCAUAUCCUUACAGGAAGGACUUGCCUCAGGACCUUUUCUAAUUGACAUUGUCUCACUCCAUGUACUGAUUUUAUCUUAUCCCAGACAGCAUUUUUCUCCUGACUGCAAUGAGGUUCUCCUCUGCUGACUGGAAACACUAGGGAAGUUUCUUUGCUGCUUCUUUGAGGAAUCCUGUUAGGUCCUGUUCUACAUUAAUAAGAUGGGGUGGGGGUCGUGGGUCAUUCGAACACAGCUCAGCAGGUCUCUCUGGCCCCACACAACACUCUAUACUGAAAUAUGUGAAGUCUCCAGCAAAACAUCUGGAGGGUGUUGGGCUCCUGAUAGUAUUUUCACUUGAUUUUAUCAGAACUUCUAAUGUGCACGUUAGCUUUCAGAUUGCAGCGUCAGUCCUCAGACACCAAGGGCAGCACCGUACCAGCUGUUCCCCUGUGCCCCAGACACAGGAUGUGGCACUGCGCUCUGCCAGACUAACAAAGGUCCCUCCAGCUGGAAACGGGACAAGAGUGCGACUGAGGCAGAUUUUGAAAAAUGUUUCGAGCCGUAUCACUCUAAACAUAGGUGAGAUAAUUAAAGAAAAACUUCCAAAACCAUCAGAGAAUGACUUUGGCUAUCUGCUUUCUUCAUGCUUAAGGAAAAUCCAGGCGUGAAAACUCAUCCUACUUACCUGACUGAGAAUAAUACAGCCCUUUUAGCCAAGGUCAUAGCUUAUCCAAAAGCUCAUCUUAUUUCACCAGGGUCCUCACUGCUUCUCACUUUCCUAGGCAGGAGCUGGUGCAACACUACCCCUCCAAGGAAUGACACCAAUCUGCAGUCACUACUGUUGAAUCUGUGGCUGGUAGGUUAGAAAAACUUGCAAUCCUGCCAUUGAAUUCCUGCUGUGGAAAAUGUUAAUUUUUAUUGCCUUAUAAAACAAUAGUUCCUUUGAAGAUUACAGGCUCUUUCACAAUGGAAAACACAGACAAUGGGAUUUGCUAUUUAAUUUUUUUUAAUUGAGUACUGUAAAAAUAACUCAAAAGAUAAAUAAAUGUUACUGUGAUGAUCUA